AUAUACCAACUGCCAGAUUGCGAUAGUGACGAAGAUGAAGACUUCAAACAGCAGGAUAAAGAGCUAAAAGCAUGCUUACCGUUUGCUGUGGUCGGAAGUAACACGAUUUUGGAAGUUAACGGGAAAAAAAUGCGAGGAAGGCAAUAUGACUGGGGUGUGGUAGAAGUGGAUAACCCAGCCCAUAGCGAUUUCACCAAACUUCGGAAUAUGCUAAUAUCCACACACAUGCCCGAUUUAAAAGAAGUCACCGAAGAUGUUCAUUAUGAAAAUUUCCGCACGCAAUUGAUUUCGAAAAUAUCGCAGCAAGCAUUCAAAGAUAGAGGAAAAUUAAAAAGAGAUUCGAUACCAAAACUGCUACCAGCACUUGAUGAAACGGAUAUUUUGUUAAUUCAAAAAGAAGAAGAAAUCCGCCGCAUGCAAGACAUUCUUGUUCAGAUGCAAGACAAACUAAAGACCAACAACGAAAAAAGCAAUCAUAACCUAUACCUAGCAGCUCAAAAAUCACUGGAAAAUGAAAACAAAAAAAUUGAAAACGUGAUCAACGUUUAACUUACAAGAAUAAAAUAUUAGAGUAUAAUAUUAAAUAUUGUUUACAAUUUUACAACAAUUUCUUAUUUUUAUUAUAAGAUCAUGUUGUAUUAAUUUGGUGUUCAACUUUGAAAAGUAUUUCUAUUAAUGUUUUACAUUUUUUUUAUAAUAUCUUAGUAUUAUUUGAUUUACUGACUUUGAAUUCGUUGUCGUUUUAUAUAUAGCCAUGUAAAGGAUUCACUAUUAUUAUUGUAUUAUAACAUUUUAUUAUUUUCGUUUUAAACUUAUCACUGUAAAUUAUAGUAGACGUGGUAAGAAAUUAAAAUUGGGACUAAAACAGUAGGUACUUCGUGGUUUAACUUUUAAGAUUGUUUAGAAAUGUAUAUAUUAUCAUCACAAAAUAAAUUCUUGAUUGGUUA